GCAUGGACCGUAACCCGUCCCCUCCUCCGCCUAGCUGCAAUCAGGAGGACGAGGAGGACCUGGCCGGGGGAGACUGCAUUGGGAGCACGGUCUACAGCAAGCACUGGCUCUUCGGAGUACUCAGCGGACUCAUCCAGAUUGUCACACCUGAAAGUGCCAAGUCCGGCUCGGAUGAUGAUGAGCAACAGAUGGAGCUCACUGAGGAAACGGAGAACGAAAUCUGCAGAGUCUGGGAUAUGUCCAUGGAUGAGGAUGUGGCUUUGUUUCUACAAGAAUUUAAGGCUCCUGAUAUAUUCAUGGGAGUGCUGGCCAAAUCCAGGUGUCCCCGAUUAAGAGAAAUCUGUGUGGGAAUUUUAGGGAAUAUGGCUUGUUUCCGGGAGAUAUGUGUGUCCAUCAGCAGCUGCGAAGAUCAUGGGCAGGUGCUUCUGCAGUGUUUGUGCGACUCAGACCCACCCACUCUGCUAGAAACCAGCAGGUUGUUGCUUACUUGCCUUUCCCAGGCAGAAGUGGCCAGUGUCUGGGUUGAAAGGAUCCGGGAACAUCCAUCCAUUUAUGCUAGCGUCUGCUUCAUCAUGUCAAGUUCAACAAAUGUUGACUUGUUGGUGAAGGUGGGGGAGGUCGUGGACAAGCUCUUUGACUUGGAUGAAAAACUCAUGUUGGAGUGGAUUAGAAAUGGGACUGCCCGGCUUCCGGACCAACCCCAGGAGGACUCUGAAGAGCAGCCAGUAUUUUCUUUUGUACCCAGUAUACUGGAAGCUGCCAGACAAAUACGGUCUGAAAACCUGGAAGGGCUGGAUGUUUACAUGCACAUCUUACAGCUGCUCACCACAGUGGAUGAUGGGAUUCAAGCAAUUGUACAGUGUCCUGAUACUGCAAAAGACACAUGGAAUUUACUUUUUGACCUGGUGUGCCAUGAAUUCUGCCAAGUUGGUGACCCGCCCAUCAUACUGCAGGAGCAGAAAACAGUGCUGGCCUCUGUCUUCUCCGUGAUGUCUGCCAUCAGUGCUUCGUGGGCUGCACAGGAGCACCCCAAGAGGGAAGAAGUGGCUCUUCCUCUAAUUGACAGCCUGAUUCGGGUGUUACAAAAUAUGGAACAUUGUCAGAAGAAACCAGAGAACUCCACAGAGUCCGACCCAGAGGAGCCUACAAACUGUGGUUCAACCCAAGAUGAGUUCCAUAUGAAGAUCCUGAAGGAUAUUUCAUGUGAAUUCCUUUCUAAUAUUUUUCAGGAGUUAACAAAGGAAACUGUGGCUCUGGGACUGCAGGAGGGCCAGUUAAACAAAGAGAAGUGUUCCUGUGCAUUUCAGUGCCUCUUGCCCCUCUACAGCCCAGUGGUGGAAGACUUCAUUAAAGUCCUACGCGAGGUUGACAAGGCUCUUGCCGAGGACCUGGAAGAAAGCUUCCCCAGUGUGAAGGCUCAGACUUGAGACCCGAGUUGGAGUUCUGCUCUCUAAGGAAUAAACUGUUUCCAGUGGUUU